GCAUAUAGAAGAGGGAGUAUUACGACGCAUGUCGCAGGCGGCAGGAGGAAUUCAACGAAGCAGUUGGACUGUCAAGCUAUAUUCUAUCAUUGUUGCUGUUGAUGGAAGCGAAAGAAGGAAAUUUCAACGUUAGGGUAGAGUGUCCUGGGUCUUGAUUCCAAUGCCAAAAUGAGGCUGUUCGCACCUUUUUUGAAUGUAGUCACGUCAGGGACUCAUGGUGAUGCGACGAACUCCAUCAUGAUAAAAACCGAGCUGGCCUGCGGACAGGGAGCUUUCUUCACAUCUGUCUGAAUCAUGCCCGAAGUUACGCUAAACACGAAAAAUUUCAACCUCGAUGUCGGUGGCUUCGCAGGUUUCUUUGGAGGCGAAGAGGCGGUCUCCGCUAUGCAGACUGUGCAUCUCUACAGAGCAAGACGGUGGACAGGUUGGUUUAAUUCCCCGGGCAGCUACAGUGUUGGCAAGCACUACGGCCAGCUUGCCAAUUCUCGGUUUUGGGACGGAAUGUUUCCAGGACCCAAUAUAGAGCCCACCGUAUACAUAGGGCUAGAUGGAAAGUCCGGCCCUUUGUACGUCGCAUCGCAGUCCGGCACGUUUCUAAAGCAAACGGGUCACCUUGCAUACCUGUUAAUGCAGAGAUGCAAAGAUCAACGAGCCGUGAUAGUAGAGGGACGAAGGACGAAGGCCAAUAAAGUUACCAUCUUGGAAAUGCCAGACAUCAAGUUCGACGCUGAUACCAAGACUCGCUUGACCAUCCAUGCUCGGGAUGGCUUCCACAAACACGUCGCAAUGUUCCCUAUCGCUGCCAGCAUCGCAACAUGCAUACUUUGUGCGUGGGGUGAUGACUGGUAUUGCUUCUCCUUGAUCCUUCUCGGCAUUCUCGUCAACGGCAUUUCAUGUUUUAUCAUUGGUUCUGCAUCCAUAGUUCUCCAGAGUGUUGCCUCCUCUGAAAAUGCACCGCCAGGUGACGGCAUGCUGAUGGACGGAAAUCAUGCGAUCGUCGUCCGUGGAAAAGAAAAGAAUGUUCUUGCCAUCACGCAGGGCAAAUUCCAAUUGGAAUACAAACCCUGGGUCCGUAUGCGUGUUAGGAAGAUGAGGAAUCGACGCAUUGUAGGAGAUGGGUUCCGUAACCUCCACUUGUUUGGCGGAAAAGAUGCAGAGAGCGGCUCAGAGACGCAGAACGAUGAAGACGCUGAGGCCAAUAACGAAUACGGGGCGAUCGGGUUUUGCUCACUUCUCCUAGUCAUUCAGUUUCUGACGCAGUUGCUCCUGAUACCACAAGGCAAACUGUUUGGUCAGGUCAUGUUCCUGACGUCCUUCGCUGUGUCAUGGGCGUACAAUCUCUUCUUGUCCUCCAUGGACGCAGAGUAUCUGCAAGAGGAACUCCUCGUCCAGGCGUUGGGUUUAUCAGAGGAUCGCAUGACGACAUACAAAUUGGGCACAAGGACGACCGCAGCUGUUUUCGCUUGCCUAACCCUUCAGCCCAACUGCGAGCAUAAAGAAUGGGAGAAUAAAGGUUUUAAGCCAGAAGAGAUCCUUCGACAGUUCAUUCCAAACGACACGCACGUAUGGACGGUCUGGAGAAACCAAGUUUUGGAACAGAUGAGAAGCAACAAGCCAUCCUUGCAGUCGCUUGAUCUUGAGGCUUGCGGUGACCGCAUAGCUGCAUUCAACGAUGUCGAUAAGAACUUGCUGAGCGACUUGCUCUUGGACGCUCGCACUGCAUAUAAACAGUAUUUGGUAUUGCAGGUUCGGAGUCGCAGCUUGGUUAGCAGUAUAUCAAGUGAUAAUAUGAAAGCGGAAACAUGAUCAUCUGCAGCGGCGAGAGCUAGUUUUAGGAGUCC